CUGGCAACCCUGUGAGAGUCUGCACAGUGUGUAGUGAACCUGUCACUCCUGUUAGUGACCGGGGCGUUGCAGUUCAUGCAGGUCCCCUCGCUUCUUCUUCAUAGAAAUGGCCGAAUAUAGCCACACGGGUAUAUUAACGGCUUUGUUGUUGUUUACGGCCGUGACGGUGAGAGAUAUUUACCUGGGCCGCACUGCGACAGAGCAGCAGGACGCGCAGAGCAGCGUGGCCUCCGGCGGCUUCCCGGAGGCGGAGAGCAGCACACACAGGCAGAACAAGCCGAAAUUCUACACAGGACCGGUGCUGAAGUUUCAGUACUGUAUUUCCUGAGGGUACAGUAAGGUGUUCCAGGAAUACUCCAGGUCUAUCAGCCAGCUGUAUCCUGACAUCAAAAUCGAGGGAGAUAAUUAUCCUCCCAAACUCAUCAACAAAUACCUUGCAAAUUUCAUCUCCUACUUUAAACUGCUUGCCAUUGCUCUGAUUGUCACUGGACAAAACCCUUUCCAAAUGCUUGGAACAAACACACCAAGAGUUUGGUCUUGGGGACAAGAAAAUAAGAUAUUCUCAUGUCUCAUGAUGUUCUUUCUCAGUAACAUGCUGGAGACACAGUUCCUGUCUACUGGAGCAUUUGAGAUAACAUUAAAUGAUGUUCCCAUUUGGUCGAAGCUACAGUCAGGGUAUGUACCGAACAUUCAGGAGCUCUUUCACAUUCUGGACAACCACCUCAAGAUGAAUCAGGCAAACAACCUCAAAUUCCCCUCGCCGUAGCACUGCUGUUUGAGCUGAGAGAGAGAGAGGUUUCUGGAGUUGUUUCUCUGGACAGUGAGACCGUGGACCGUGGCUUAAUGAAGGCCUGCACUGCAAACAGCUUGCUGUGGGUGUAGACUGGAUGUUCCUGUCACCACACACGCUUCCUCUGACCAGCGACACACUCCUCCAGACUGACUCAAUCUUGACCGGGCAGCGUGCUAUACGCAUCCAUUGUGUAAAAGUCAUUCAUAAGCCGGACACUCUAAACUUUAUUUUUCGAAUGCUGAAACUAGAGAUACAUGAGCAUGUGAGACCAAAUAAUCUUAAUAAGGAAAGUGUCAUAAAAUGUCUCACAUUUGUCUGCAAACGAUUGAUCAAGGGUAUGUUUUUUUGUGUGUGUGGGGCGCUGCUGUAAAACUGUAAUUAUGUAUACAGGAUCUUUCCCAUAUAUACAUUUCACUUGCACUGAACAGUUGUUUUUUUUUUCGGGGAUAAGGAAAAUAUUACUGGUAAUGUGCAAUUAAUUUUUUCCCCCACUUUGGUUAACGUGUAAUUUCAUGUACUUCUAGCUGAGAGUUGAGAUGGGAAGAUAUGUUGUUAGAUGGGAAACAUGGUAUCUAUUGGGGUCUGCAGAUUUAUCCUUUCCUCUUAUUUCUUCAGGCUUUUUUAGCAAAUGUAUAAAAAUGUUGUUGGACUAACCACUGUCUUAAUGAGAACACAGUACAUUGCAUAUCAGAUAUAAAUGGUACUCAUCGUUUUCAAAAGCGCUCUCUAUAUUUUUCAAUUUUUCUUUUAAUAGGUGAAAUAAUAAGAAACUUUUCUUUUAAUCAACCUUAUUCAUGAAAUUGUAAUGUCGAUGACGUUGAAAUUUAUCUUGAGCGAUCAGAAAUUUUACCUUUGUUUCAAAAGAAUAAAGAGGACAAAAAUUUACACCA